AUGGUUGAAAUUAAAGGACGUCGCCAACCUCAUGAUGGUACAAGCAACCAAGGCGAAGAUGCUGAUGAAAUGGAAGAAGCUGCUACUCGACUUGCAAGAGAACAACAAAGACGUAGAGAGCGAACUGCUGCACAUGCGAGAAGGCCUCCACCUCGAGGGCGUGGAGAUGGUGGUAGAGGUGUUGAUCAUAAUCAUGGAAGAGGUCUUGGACUAAAGGGAAGUGGGACUGAAGAAGAGGAGAAAGAAGAAGUGGUUGAACAGCCCCAUAAUGAUGGCCAUCAUCACCGAGGGAAUCAUGGGCGUAAUCAGCUCAAUGAGGAGAGAUUUGGCAAGCUAAAAUUUAACAUGCCCAAGUUCGAUGGAGGGUCUGAUCCUGAAGCAUAUCUUACAUGGGAAUUGAAGGUUGAUAAUUUUUUUUGCCUACACAAUUAUUCUAAGCAGAAGAAGAUGGUAAUGGCUGCUCUAGAGUUUGAUGGUUAUGUUCUAAUCUGGUGGGAAUAA